UAUUGUCUUAAAAUCAUCAAGCUAGUUGCAUCAAGGAAAACAAGGGAGGAUGGCUGGGACCUUUGACAAAAUGAAAGUGGAGUUCGUCGAUCAAGAUGAGAGCGUUCAGGUUGUUGCAGACACCAUCCGUAGUACUGGUGAGGUUCCUGAAAGGUAUGUCAGGCAUGAGAUUAAGGCUGAUGCUGUCAUCGUUGAUGCCGAGGGUUAUAAUCUGCCGAUGAUAGAUAUGUCAAGAUUGCUCAACCCCGAGUUCUCUGAGGAGGAGAUUGCUAAGCUGGGAUCUGCUUGUGAGCAUUGGGGAUUCUUCCAGCUUGUGAACCAUGGGGUGGAUGGAGGGCUGUUGCAGCAAGUUAAGGCUGACAUCGCAGAGUUCUUCAGCCUUCCACUGGAAGAAAAGUUGGCAGUGGCGAUUGCACCAAAUGGCAUGCAAGGGUUUGGCCACCACUUUGUUUUCUCUAAGGAACAGAAGCUGGACUGGGUCGAUUUGUUGUUCCUCGCCACACGGCCUAUUGAGGAAAGGAACCUGGCCUUCUGGCCUACAAAACCUUCCACAUUCAGGGACACACUGGAUAAGUACUCAUUGGAACUUGCAAAUGUAUCUGCACAGCUGUUCAAAUUUAUGGCCAACAACCUUGGAGUUGAUCAGGAGGCGCUCCUUGGUCCCUUCAAGGGGCUGCCUCAGAGCGUAAGGAUCAACUAUUACCCUCCCUGUAGUCAAGCUGACAAGGUGUUAGGACUCUCACCGCACACGGAUGGUGUUGGCAUGACAUUCCUCCUCCACGUAAAUGAUGUAGAAGGACUGCAAAUCAGGAAGGAUGGCAACUGGUUCUCCGUGCAGGCCUUGCCUGGAGCUCUUGUCGUCAACAUAGGGGACAUUCUUGAGAUCCUCACCAAUGGCAAGUACCAGAGUAUUGAGCACAGGGCAGUGAUAAACCCCGACAAGGAAAGGAUUACGAUUGCUGCAUUCCACAGCGCCCACCUUUUCUGCACGAUUGGACCGCUUCAGGAGCUGCUGAAGGCAGGCAAGGUGCACUACAGGGCGAUAGAUGGUGUUGAGUUUACCAAGGGCUACUUUUCUGCUAAGCUAGAAGGCAGAAGGUACUUGGAGAGCUUAAAGCUAGGCAUAUGAGAGCUUUAAGCCAUCUGGAAGGGACUCACUGGCAUGUAAACAGGACUCC